CGCGGUGCACUGUGCACAUUCUGAUAAUGAUUCCCGCUAUUCCUCUCUUCAGAAGCACACCCCGCCCAAUCGAAGCAACGGUUGUAUCAGGCCCCAAAUCGCCCAAACCACAAAAGCCCCUCCUCAACCAAACCCUCAAAUCCCUCUCCAGAUCAGGCAAACUCGACGAGGCAAUUCGUCGGAUAGAAUCUUCAUCUUCCAAGUGUACGGAGCCUGAGACAUAUGCCCUCCUUCUCCAUGCUUGUAUCUCCCAUAAAUCAUUGGAAUAUGGACAAAGAAUUUAUCUGCAACUCCUCUCUGAAAGCCAAGAAGGUCACAACCUUAUUCAAAAUCCCACUUUAAAGAGCAAGCUCAUUACUCUUUUCUCUAUCUGUGGCCGUCUCGAAGAGGCACGCCACAUUUUUGAAGAUGGGCUUGAGAAUAAUGGCGCGCCCGAGUCGAUUUGGGUUGCAAUGGCAAUUGGGUAUUCCAAAAAUGAGCGUUUUAGAGAGGCUUUGCUUGUUUACAUUGACAUGUUGUUGCAUGAUGUACAACCGGGUAAUUUUUCGUUCUCUGUGGCUCUGAAAGCGUGUGUGAAUUUGAAAGAUUCAAGGCUUGGUAGAGGGGUCCAUGGUCAGGUGAUAAAGUCUAGUGAAGAACCUGAUCAGGUGGUGAAUAACGCUAUUUUAAGGCUGUAUGCAGAGUGUGGAUGUCUGAGUGAAGUUGUGAAGAUGUUUGACGAAAUGCCUCAAAGGAAUGUUGUUUCUUGGAAUUCUUUGAUUGCAGGUUUUGCUAAGCAAGAUCAACUAUUUGAGGCGUUGGAUGUGUUCAGAAAGAUGCAGAGUGAGGGAGUGGGAUUUAGUUGGGUUACCAUUACAACACUUUUGCCAAUUUGUGCACGAUUGGCAACUCUUCAUAUUGGAAAAGAGUUGCAUGCGCAAAUAGUUAAAUCAGCAAAAAGACCAGAUAUCCUAGUUUUAAAUGCGCUUAUUGAUAUGUAUGUCAAAUGUGGAACCUUUGAUUAUGGCAGGAGACUGUUUAAUGGAAUGAGAAACAAGGACUUGGCAUCUUGGAAUGCUAUGUUGACUGGAUAUGCAAUCAAUGGGCACAUGCGAGAAGCAAUGGAAUUGUUUGAUGAAAUGGUUUCAUCUGGCAUGACACCUGAUGAGGUUACGUUCAUUGCAUUGUUAUCAGGUUGCAGCCAUGCUGGGCUUACAGAGGAUGGAAUCAAAUUGUUUGAUAAAAUGGACAUAGAUUUUGGGGUCUCACCGUGUUUAGAGCAUUAUGCUUGUUUGGUAGAUAUCCUGGGUAGGGCUGGAAGAAUUGGGGACGCUAUAGAGAUAGUUAAAAACAUGACAAUGAAGCCAAGUGCCAGCAUAUGGGGAUCAUUGCUCAACUCAUGCCACCUCCACGGUGACGUCCAUCUUGGAGAGACUAUAGCAGAGCAAUUGUUUGAGCUUGAGCCAAAUAAUUCGGGGAAUUAUGUAAUGCUUUCAAAUAUUUAUGCAAAUGCAGGGAUGUGGGACUCGGUAAAUAAGGUUAGAGAGAUUAUGCAAACAAGAGGAAUUAAGAAAGAGGCUGGAUGUAGUUGGAUACAAGUGAAGAAUAUAAUUCACACUUUUGUUGCAGGUGGGGGUUUUGAGUUCCGUAAUUCUGUCGAGUAUAAGAAGAUCUGGGAUGAAUUGUCAGAAGCUAUGAAAAAAAUUGGUUAUAUCCCUGAUACAAGUGUUGUUCUUCACGAUGUAAAUGAAGAAACGAAAGAAAUGUGGGUAUGCGGGCAUAGUGAGCGCCUAGCAACUAUUUUUGCACUCAUAAAUACUGCUAGUGGAAUGCCUAUUAGGAUUACAAAGAAUCUUCGUGUCUGUAAAGAUUGCCACUCUUGGAUCAAGAUUGUGUCAAGAGUAACAGAAAGGAUGAUUGUUCUAAGAGACACAAAUCGCUUCCACCACGUCAAAGGUGGUGUAUGCUCUUGUAAGGAUUACUGGUAAUUGGCAAAGCCCGUGUAAAAGUACAUAACUGUUUGAAUCUUUUGCAUUCUUUGUUGUUUCUCGCUAUCCUAUUUUUGUUAGUAUUUAAUAAAAUCUCACAUUAAUUUGACAGCAAA